AUAGACGAGCUUACCACCGGUUACUUUGGCAGAAUGGGCGGAGUGUUUACCACCCCUAUUGAUAUCAACAAAAUGACACUUAAGUCUUAAACUCAUCACUUACAGAAACAAAACAAUGGCAGCAGAAAUUAUUUUACCAAAUGAUAUCUGGGAAUCUAUCUUCGAAAUCCUCCUCAACGACUGCGGUGACGGCGGAAACAACCGUUGCUUACACUUACACUCUCUCUCCGCCGUCUCAAAACAGUUACUCGCGUUAACCGGCCGUCAAAAAUUCCAUUUCAUAAUCUCAAAUCAAACCGUCCCUUUCGUUCCUAGUCUCCUCCGCCGCUUCCCCAAUCUCACCUCCAUCGAUCUCACUCGCUUCCGCGGUAACCUCGACGCGAUUCUCUACCAAAUCGCCACUCUCCAAUUACCUCUCAAAUGGAUUAACAUCUCUAACCGUCCCACAAUUCCCGCAAAUGGGUUGCGAAUUUUGGGUAGAAAGAUCAAAACUUUAACCUCAUUGAUAUGUUCUCAUGUUGCUUCUAUCUUUAAAUCUGACCUAGUUAUUAUUGCUGAUUCUUUUCCUUUACUUGAAGAACUUGAUCUUAGUUUUCAUCAGCUUAUUGAUAUUGCUGGUUUUGGUAUAAAUUCUCUUUCAUUAGCACUUCCUAAACUUCGUAAGGUUAAUCUCUCUGGUAGUUUCUAUAUUAAUGAAAUUUCAGUUUUUUAUCUUUGUAAAAAUUGUAAAUUUAUUGAAGAAGUUGUUAUGACUCACUGCACAUUCGUAAUCAAAGAUGGUGUUUCUUCUAAGCUCCGUGAUAAACCAAAAGUUAUUCAGUAUCCAGGAUGGUUUGGAGAAGCUUUCCAUCCAAGAGGAAGAAGAUCUAGCUUUGCCGACGCUUGUCCUCCAAGGAUAGAUUGUCCUCCAAAGAUACAUCAUUCACCUAUAGUUGAAAUAGGGAGAUCUUUCUUUGAUCAAGUUUGCAGGACAGAGUAGCUUCAAUCAACAAUAGAGUCCAUAGACAUCAGUUGCUGUAGGAUGCUUACAGAUUCGGUUUUCUGUGGAAUGCAUUCAUGGAAAAGAAUUCUUUUAUUGUUUGUUUACUAUUCUGAAAGUUCUCUACUAAAGUAUGAAAUGCAUGAUAUGUCGGUGUCAGUCGAUGACAUGUAGUUAUAUUCAUUAAUUUCAUUUUUUUUCUUCAAA